GGAGAAAAAGAAAUGGAGAACGUGAGGGAGAUUGUAGAAGUUAACGAACCAUUGUUGCAAGAAUCAUCAUCAGAGAGCGAUGGUAAUGGAGGAGAAUUCAACGGAGCUUCAUUUAGUGGUGCAGUGUUUAACCUAGCUACGACGAUCAUUGGUGCUGGUAUCAUGGCUCUGCCUGCUACGAUGAAGAUCCUCGGACUUGUUCCAGGAAUCUUCAUGAUCGUUUUGAUGGCUUUCUUGACCGAUACUUCGAUUGAGUUCUUGCUUAGGUUUAGUAACGUAGGGAACCAGAGAUCUUACAGUGGCGUGAUGGAUGAGUCUUUUGGCAAAACUGGGAGGAUCAUGUUGCAAGUUUCUAUUCUUGUUAGCAACAUUGGUGUUUUGAUCGUGUAUAUGAUCAUCAUUGGUGAUGUUUUGGCUGGUAAGAAUGAAUAUGGAAUCCACCAUGCUGGUAUGCUUGAAGGAUGGUUUGGGAUUAAUUGGUGGAACAGGAGAACUUUUGUUCUUCUCAUUACAACUAUCACUGUCUUUGCUCCAUUGACUUGCUUCAAAAGGAUUGAUUCUUUGAGAUUCACAUCUGCCUUAUCAGUUGCUCUUGCGGUUGUGUUUCUUCUCAUCACUGCGGGGAUUACUAUGAUAAAGCUGUUCACUGAUGGUUUGUUGAUGCCAAGACUUCUACCUAAUGUCACUGACUUGUCUUCAUUCUGGAGUCUCUUCACUGUUGUUCCAGUGCUUGUCAAUGCGUACAUUUGUCAUUACAAUGUUCACAGUAUACAGAACGAGCUUGAAGACCCAUCUAGGAUCAAACCUGUUGUUAGAUCAGCUCUUGCGAUGUGCUCUUCUGUUUACGUUAUGACAAGCUUAUUCGGAUACCUCUUGUUCGGAGAUGGUACUGUCGAUGAUGUUCUUGCGAACUUUGACACAGAUCUUGGAAUCCCUUUUGGUUUGAUUCUGAAUGAAGCAGUGAGAUUCAGCUACGCAGCUCAUCUCAUGCUUGUGUUCCCUGUUGUCUUCUAUCCUCUGCGUGUUAACAUCGAUGGUCUCUUUUUCCCUACUGCUCCACCACUUACUUCCUCUGAGUCUGAUCUGAGGUUUGGCUCUAUCACUGCUGGUCUCAUUGCUGUAAUCUUCUUGGGAGCAAACUUCAUUCCAAGCAUUUGGGAUGCUUUCCAAUUUACUGGAGCAACUGCUUCUGUCUGCAUUGGUUUCAUAUUCCCUGCUGCUGUUAUCUUAAAGGAUCGUCAUAACCAAGCAACAAGACGGGACAAGACUAUAGCCAUUUUCAUGAUCGUCCUUGCGGUUUUCUCCAAUGCAAUCGCCAUUUACAGUGACGCCUACGCCUUGUUCAAGAAGAACUCAUACAUAUUCCCAAUAUGAAAAGCAGAGGUUCUGUUUCUUCUCUCACUCACUCUAUGUGAAAGAGUUAUUAGUGUGAACCACAUGAGAUUAGUUGUAGUUACUCUGUAUAUAGAGAGAAAGAACAGUUUCUUUACUUCUAUUCUUGUACAUUGAAGAAUUGUAAAAACUUGAGAAACUACAAGAUGUUCAGAUUUUUUACACCAUCUUAAGACGU